CGAAAAAUCAUCCGAAUUUGACAGUCGUCAAAAGUCAGGUUAUCUCGGUGAUCUGGUGUGGGAUUGUUUUGCUAUUUUCCUGUUGAAAAAUCACAAGGAAAAACUUAAUAGAAGAUGCUGAAGAGUUUGUCACUGGCUUCUAGAGUUUUUGGAGUGUCAGGACAGCGACUGGCAUCGCAAAGUGCAGCGGUGCAAAAGGAGAAAUGGGAUCUUCUUGCCGGUGUACUCGUUGAGAGACUCCCGGUGCUUGGGAAGACUCUCAAGCCCAUUGAAGUCAAGUAUCAGAAAAUGCUGAAUGACAUAGAAUUUGAGCAAAGCAUGCUGAGCGACCACGAGAGGCGACACCAAAGGGAUCAGGUGGCGGCUGAGCGCUUCAAGAAGGGUCUGGAUGUGGACUUGGAUGAGGUGGCGAGCAAGCAGACAGCACAGGACUAUGAGGAUGCCUGUGACGCGGAGUUGGCCAGCUUCAAAUUGGCUGAGAGGAUCACCGAAGCCGAUAAGAAGAACGAUGUCACGUCAACACAGAGGAAACUCGAGGAUACUCUAAUCUUGCUAGUUGAACAGACAGUGGGGAGCAAGAAGAUUCUCCUGCUGCCUCAGGGAGUGCGUCAGGAGGGUGAGACAAUGCGCCAGACAGCGGAUAGAGUGAUCCGAGAAGUUUGUGGUGACAAACUCAGAGUUCAGGUGUACGGAAACGCUCCUGUGGGCUUCUACAAAUACAAAUACCCAGUAAAUCAGCGAAAAGAUACCGUGGGCGCCAAAGUGUUCUUCUUCCGAGCGGCUCACGUCGAUGGAAAGGCUUCCGGAAAGAUUUUAUGGCAGUCUAAAGAGGAAAUUGAAGGGAAACUCCCGGAGGAAUACUUGAAAAGUGUCCGACAAUUCAUUCUGUAGCACUUAUGAUUCAUAUUAGAAAAGUUUAGAGCGUCUGUAAUGAGAAAAAGCCU